CUUCAUUUUCCAAAUACUCAUGCUCAGCCGUGCGCCUGCUCGCAAACCUGCUGCUGCUGCCAGCCAACGAAAGCCUGUUGCUGCGACCAGCGCUGCUGCCCGUCGCGCUGCCGCUGCCGCCGCUGCUGCUGCCCAAAACAGCAACGUCGACUCGGACGACGAGAGCACGGACGAGUCGGACGAGGACGACGAUCUCGAGGACGGAGUCAUCCACGAGGAGGAAGAGCUCGCCCAGGCGUUCAAGGCCGGCCUGCUCCGUGCCGACGCCGCCGUGCCGCAGCGCCCCAAGAUCAACAACGAAGAACGACUUCGCGAACGAUUGGGCGACAUUGCACAGCAAGUCGAUGCGAGCUUCCCGUGGGCAGAGCGCCUUGACUUGGUGUCCACUGUCCCGAUUGUGCUGGACGAUGCCCAAGACGAUUUCAAACGCGAGAUGAGCUUCUACAACCAAGCGUUGGAGGCAGUCAAGCUCGCCCGGCCGCGACUUGCAGCAGCCAACAUCAAGUUUACACGCCCAGACGACUAUUUUGCGGAAAUGGUCAAGACAGACGAUCACAUGCGCAAGGUGCGCGAGGCGCUUCUCAGCGAGCACCAAGCAGUUGAGCGCUCCGAGCAGGCAAAGAAGUCUCGGCAGAUGAAGCAGUUUGGCAAGAAGGUGCAACAGCAAGUUCUUGAGGAUCGGCAAAAGCAAAAGACCUCAGACUUGGAGGCAAUCAAGAAGUUUAAGAAGGACCGAUCUGCCAAGCCCGAUUUCUUGGACGAUGGCGACGACCAAUUCAACAUUGGUGUGGACAAGGAGGAGUCCCACUCGCAAAAGACAAACUCCAAGCGCUCGUACAAGAACGACAAAUAUGGCAACGGUGGCAAGAAGCGAGGGUCCAAGCGUAACACUCGCGACUCUGCGUCGGACGAUUCAUCCUUCAACUUUGCUCGUAACAAGGCUCUGCCUAAGGGCUUCAAAUCUGCUGGCGUUGCCAAGAAGUUUGGCGGCGGUGCUGGUGGCAAAUCCAAGGCGCCGCGACCAGGCAAAUCCCGUCGCCGCUCGGCCAAGUCCCGUCAGUAAUUGCACUCUGCCACCCGCCAUCAGGUUGAAAAUCGGAUUGCUUUUUUUGUUUCUUUGUGUUCGGCGAUCAACUGAACGAUGCAGAGGCCAAUUUUUAUUGAUAAAAAUACACUGUUACAAAACAAA